UCCUCCCCCCCCCCAGGGCCCCAACCGGCUCCUGUCGGAGCGACGCUCGGAGCAGCGGCGCCUCCUCAGCGCCAUGGGCUCGGCCGCGCCCUUGGACAGCGACCUCCUCAAGCUCAACCAGCUCAAGUUCCGGAAGAAGCGGCUGCGUUUUGGGCGGAGCCGGAUCCACGAGUGGGGCCUGUUCGCCAUGGAGCCCAUCGCCGCCGACGAGAUGGUCAUCGAGUACGUGGGGCAGAACAUCCGCCAGGUGGUGGCCGACAUGCGGGAGAAGCGCUACGUGCAGGAGGGCAUCGGCAGCAGUUACCUCUUCCGCGUGGACCACGACACCAUCAUCGACGCCACCAAGUGCGGCAACUUGGCCCGGUUCAUCAACCACUGCUGCACGGUGAGGCCACCGGGGUGGACCUGGGGCCACCAGAGUUGACGUGGGGCCACCAGAGUUGACUUGAGGCCACCACAGUUGACUUGGGACCACCACCAUUGUUGACCUGAGGCCACCAG